AUGUUUUCUUCGAUUCAUCCUCAAUUUCGUGACCUUCUGGUAGUCCUAGGCAGUUCCUCCGUUGUUCGAGAGCUUAUCCUUAAGCAGUGUAGUCUUCAAUUCUCCAUUAUUGAUCCAAAAGUGAGUGAAAACGUCGACUCGAAACACUUUCCUUCAGUUUCAUCUUUUGUUGAAGCAUUAGCGAAGCUAAAAUCGGAAGGUACCAUCAAAAGGCUCAGAUAUCCAGCAGAUUUGAUUAUCACCGCGGAUACGGUUAUAUCCCUGGAAGGAAAAAUAAUUGGCAAACCAAAGCAUGCAGAAGAUGCCCUUUCCACUCUCUUCAAACUAAAUGGCAAAAAGCAUGAUGUAUUCACUGGUGUUGGAUUGGCCUGGCUUGACCGUAAUGAUAAUAACCUCCUUGCUUAUGACAGUUUCUUCGAACGAACCACCGUGAAAAUGGGAAAAGUUGAUACGAGUGCACUAGAAGCCUACGUGAGAACUCUGGAACCAAUGUGA